UUUCCGGUUAAGACGGCGGAGAGAGAGGGCUUGACAGCAGCGUGACUCUCCUGUUUCACUGCUGUUUUCAGUGCCGAAUUAAUGUUUAAAUGUGCGAACUUGGUAAAUUUGGUAUGAUUAUAGGUCAGUUUUUCAUAGCGGUUAGUUAGGCUCGAGUUCCGUGUUAUUUAGCGGUUAGCAAGGCUGUAACCUUGUCUCGUAGCCCCUGUUAGCUAAAGAGCAGCAGAAGGAACACAACAUGUCAGCUGUCUGUCGCAGUUUGAGCUUUUUAUCAGUAAAGACCCUGACAGAAGCUCCAGUUUUGUCACCUUGUGCAUGGUAUGUGUCAGCAAGAAGCAAAUUCUCCAAAUCCAGAAUCCCACCAGAGAUUUUUGCUGAGCGAUCGAAAGAGCACGAGAAAUAUGGUGGCGAUCCAGACCAGCCGCACAAGCUGCACAUAGUGACGCGGGUCAAAAGUGCGCUGCGAAGGCCAUACUGGGAGAAAGAGAUAAUAAAACACCUCGGGCUUCAAAAGGCUCACGUCCCUGUAAUUCAUAAAAAUACUCCUGCAGUCAACAGCCAACUGAAGUUUGUCAAGCACCUUGUAAGGAUACAGCCACUAAAGACUCCCUAUGGGCUCCCUGCUGAGCAUGACAUGGCCGAUGCAUACAUCAACAGCAAAGGAGAACUUAUUGUACACCACCUCCUCCAACCUGUAGACAACAAGGCAAUCGAAUCUUAGCUCCACUGUUGCGUGUGUGAAUGUCCUGGAAAAUGUCCUGUUGUCAUUCUCUCUGCAGUGAGAGAAAGCUGUGGCACCAACCAGACUUCUUGAUUGCUGUUUCCUGUGUUUUGAUGCUGAGCUGCAGAUGAAUAUGAUUAAAUGUUCUCAUCAACC